AUGUGCGGGCAAAGAUGGGAAGAGGCGAAGAAAGCUUUGAUGGAAGUGGCUGAGAUAGCUGCAGGGUAUGAUGAGAACGGUGUGGAUAUUUAUUUUGUUAAUUCCAAACGUGUGGGUAAGGAGUUGCGGACCGCUGCCGAUGUCGAAGAUCUUUUUGCCGGUUUGGAACCUAAGGGACCUACACCAACCGGUCUGAGGUUGGAAGCCAUACUCCGUGAUUACAUGGCUCGUCUCGAACGAUACUCUGUUUCUACAGAUGCUCAAGAAGGUCAUGUAAAACCUAUGAACCUCAUCGUGGUCACUGACGGUGCCCCUACGGAUGAUCCGGAGAGUGUGUUGAUUAGUAUUGCCAAAAGGUUGGAUAGAGGAGAAUAUCCUCUUAGUCAAGUGGGGGUACAAUUUCUACAAAUUGGGGAUGAUGCAGAAGCUAGAGAAGCAUUACAAGAAUUGGACGACGGUUUAUCUUCUGCUCAUGGGAUCAGAGAUAUGGUAGAUACUGUACCAUACGACGGAAGGGAGAUGACGGCGGGGUUGAUCAUCAAGACUUUGUUAGGUGGGAUCAACCGGAGGUUGGAUAGGAGGGGUUAG